AUGCUCAAACAUGAUUUAAGGGAAGCCUCGAAAGCCGCUUUUUCAACAAAUCUAUCCUCUGGCCUCAUUCAUCUCCGACGCGACCGAAGAUGUGCACCAAAACAGCCUCACAUGUCACCGCCUCCACACGUUUGCUGUGGCUGCUGUACCGUGACGCGACAUCGGGACACCGAUUACGAGUGGUUACCAAAAAAGGGAAGAUUGGUACCGGUUGACGAUGAGAAGAGGCCGAUGUGGCGAGAUGUCCUGGCGCCGUCUCAGCCUCCAACCAAGUCGCGAUUGCCCAUCAAACCAUCGCGUCACGUUGAAACCGGUCAGUGA